AUGGGUCGACGACAGGGCCCAAAUACGCCCGGGAUAGCCUUUGUUACCGGUGCAGCCAGGGGGCUCGGGAAUGCAGUGGCCGUCUCGUUUGCAAAGGAAGGGGCCAAAGCCGUGGUGAUUGUCGACAUCAACGACGAAGAAACCAUGGAACUGGGGAAGGCAGCUGUGGAGGCCCAUGGGGCCGAGUGCCUCGCCAUCCGUGCAGAUGUGACACAGGAAGCAGAAGUGGCUUCAGCUGUCUCCGAAGCGGUAGCAAAGUUCGGCCGGAUCGAUUACGCGGCCAAUUUCGCAGGGAUCGUGGGACCCCCGGACAGCAUCGUCAAUCUCGACGUGGCGAAGUGGAGGAAGACGCUCGAAGUCAAUGCCACCGGUGUUAUGCUCUGCACAAAAUACGAGAUGAUUCAAAUGAUGAAGCAGGACUCGCUCGCCGUUGAAGAUGGACGGCCUCCGCAACGGGGUGCCAUUGUGAAUUGUGCAUCAGUCAAUUCCCUGCUCACAAUGCCCGGGACUGGGCCUUAUACCGCGUCCAAACACGCGUGCUACGGAAUCACAAAGACGGCGGCAUUAGAAGGUCGAAGCCAUGGCAUCAGGGUCAAUGCGGUGUCGCCAGGAUUUCUCUUGACCAAAAUGGCGGAAGAGUCUUUGAUGAAGGAUGAUGUUGUCGAUUCGCGAGGCAUGGCCAUGUGGCAAUACUUUGUCUCCCGACAAGGCCGGUCUGCCAGCUUCGAUGAGAUUGGUGAUGUCGUGGCACUGAUGUGCACACCCAAGAUGAGUCUGGUCGUGGGCCAGAAUCUUUUUAUUGAUGGGUAA